GCGACCAGUCCACAUCAUCGACACUAUGGGCAAGAAGGACAAGAGCGAUAAGAAGCGCAAGCACGACAAGGUGGAAGCGGCGUCUGAGGCCCCCGCAUCCGGCUUUUCGCUGUUUGGCGGGUCCAAGGAUGCCGAGCUCGACAGCAUCUUCUCAAAGAGUGCAGCCUUUGCGCUCCCCACAGCAUCAGCCCCGACGGCGACGGCGGCGGCAUCCGAAGAGCCUGCGCGCAAGAAGGCCAUGAAGGCAAAGGCCAAGGUCGAGGCCGAGGCCGAUGCGGCCAAGAAAGCUGCGGAAAAGACCAAGGCUAAGGGCGCGGAGAAGGCCAAGGCUAAGGUGGCGGUGGAACCGGAGGAGGAAGACGCUGUUGCGGGCUCUGAAUCUGAAUUUGAGGGCGAGCUCGUGCAUGAGGCGCUCAAGAGUCCUUCGGCACGGCGCGCGCGCGACAACAAGGGCCAGACGAGCAAGUACGUGCCGCCCGACGAGACUCAGGCGGACCGGGACCGUCGCACGUUGUUCAUUGGCAACCUGCCUAUCUCGGCGACAGAGAAGGCCGGUACGGCUGCGCUCAAGCGUCACCUUCUCUCGUUUGCGCCGUCGGCUAAGAUCGAGAGCGUACGCUUCCGCUCCGUCGCGUUCAGCACGCCCACCUCUGCCGAUCUAACGGGGGAGGCGAAGACGAAGGAGGACGAGGCGAAGGAGGCGAGCCGGCGCGAAGCGCGGGAGAAGGAGCGCGCUGCUGCGUGGAAGGCGUCGCAGGCUGGAUCGAGUGUGGGCGGGCGCGGGAAUAAGCGCGGCGACGACGAAGUUACGGACAAAAGCAAGAGUUUCCUCGACAAGAAGGGGAAGCGCAAGGUCGCGUUCAUUAAGAAGGACUUCCACUCCGAGGCGGACUCUUGCAAUGCGUACGUUGUGUUUGCGCACCCGCACCCCGACAGGCCCAGGAAUGUUGCGCCGAUCCUCGACCCAUACGAGGCGGCCGCUACCAUCGGCCCCGCGGCUAACGGGAGCGAGGUGCUUGGCCGCGUGAUUCGGGUGGACGCUGUGCGGCUCCCAUCCGCCGUCGCACUCGCGAGCGCGCAGAACAAUCUGGGCAAGCGCGAUGCGUGGCUUCCCUCCGGCACCGACCCGAAGUGCUCCCUUUUCGUCGGUGGGCUCGACUACGCCGCCAAGGAUGACGACGUGCGCGCUUUCUUCGAGUCACUUGUGGUCGCCGAGCGCGGAAGCCCCGAGUCCGGGUCAUGGGUCACGGGCGUGCGCAUUGUGCGUGACCGUGACACGCAGAUGGGCAAGGGAUUCGGCUACGUGCACUUCGUGGACCGCGAGAGUGUUGACGAGCUCAUUUCCAUGCCCUCUGCCAAACUCAAGUUCGCUAAGAAGCCUCUGCGCGUGCAGGCGUGCAAGACACUUCCACCAGCUGCGAAGCGCGCGGCCGCCGCCGCCAAGUCUGAUGGCAAGGAUGGCAAGGACGGCAAGGCCAAGAAGGAGAGGGCACCGAAGCGGACAGCACCCGCGACGUUGCCCAAGGGAGACCCGUCGCUCGGCGAUCGCCUCAAGGGGCUGAGCAAGGACGAGCGUAAGGCCGCCAAGCAUGCCGACGCGACGCGUCUUGCCCGCCGUAUGGCCAAGAAGGCCAACAAGGUGGCCAGCGCGCACAAGGAGACGGGAGCAGUCAAGCUGGCCGCGACGAAGGCCGAGAAGGGGCUGCGCGCGAAGAAGGUCAAGGCGAAGAAGGGACGUGUGAGGAGUGCGCACGCGCUCACCAAGAUGAAGGGAAAGCGGGAGUAGACGACGAGGCCGUGCAGAGUACGCGGUGGGGUUAUACUAGAUGCAUGCACACUGU